CGCUGCGCCGGGAGGGGGCGGGCGUCGUCCACCCGGGAGGCUGCAGACCCCGGCUCCCGCGAGCGCCGCGCCGGGCUUCGCUGUUCCACGCGGCUCCAGCGGGGAUGGAGGACUCGGUGGCAGCGGCUGCUGCGGCGGCGACGGAGGAGCGGCUCUGAGGAGGGGACAGCGGGAUUAGAGUUCUCCAGCACACACGUCAUAGAGGUGGAGUGGUGAUGUCUCCAUGAGGGAAGCUCCUCUCACUCACCGUGUCAUGUCUAUCAACGGUUCCCGACUGGACCACUCAUCUAAGAUAGGAUUUACCCUGUGAAACAGGGAGAAGACUUAUGGACUCCAAGCAUCGUUUCAAGUCCUAGCUUUUUUCUGUUUUGAAAGUACAGACAUAUAUGCAAAGCUCUUGUGCUUCGGACCCUCUGCUUUAUUAAGGCUGCUGUGUUGCUAAUCCAGAACGGUUCCAGUCUCCUGGCCCAUCACCAUGGCUUCAGUUUGGAAGAGACUGCAGCGAGUGGGAAAACAUGCGUCCAAGUUCCAGUUUGUGGCCUCCUACCAGGAGCUGAUGGUUGAAUGUACAAAGAAAUGGCAACCAGAUAAACUGGUGGUAGUCUGGACAAGAAGAAGCCGAAGGAAAUCUUCCAAGGCUCACAGCUGGCAACCUGGAAUAAAAAAUCCAUACCGUGGUGUUGUUGUUUGGCCUGUUCCUGAGAACAUUGAAAUCACUGUGACACUUUUUAAGGAUCCUCAUGCAGAAGAAUUUGAAGACAAAGAGUGGACAUUUGUCAUUGAGAAUGAAUCCCCUUCUGGUCGGAGGAAAGCUCUUGCUACUAGCAACAUUAAUAUGAAACAAUAUGCAAGCCCUAUGCCAACUCAAACCGAUGUCAAGUUAAAAUUCAAGCCUUUAUCUAAAAAAGUUGUGUCUGCCACUCUCCAGUUUUCAUUAUCUUGUAUCUUCCUUCGGGAAGGAAAAGCAACGGAUGAAGAUAUGCAGAGCUUGGCUAGUCUGAUGAGUAUGAAGCAGGCUGACAUUGGCAACUUAGAUGAUUUUGAAGAAGAUAAUGAAGAUGAGGAUGAGAACCGAGUGAACCAAGAGGAGAAGGCAGCAAAGAUUACAGAGAUUGUAAACCAGUUGAAUGCUCUGAGCAGCUUAGAUGAAGAUCCAGAUGACUGCAUAAAGCAAGCACAUAUGCCUUCAGCUAGAUCAGCCAGUUCCUCUGAAGAACUUAUCAACACACUUAACUUUUUGGAUGACUCACAAAAGGACUUGGCCACUGUGAAUACAAAUCCAUUUGAUGAACCUGAUGUAACAGAAUUAAAUCCAUUUGGAGAUCCUGACUCAGAAGAACCAGUCACUGAAACAGCGUCACCUAAAAGACCAGAAGAAUCUUUCUAUAAUAACAGCUGUAAUCCCUUUAAAGAUGCGCAGACUCCACAGCAUGGGAACCCAUUUGAUGAGCCUGAAACCUGUGUCAUGUUAAAGGAUUCUCCACCCCAGUCGACAAAAAGAAAAAACCUGAGACCUGUGGACAUGAGCAAGUACCUCUAUGCUGACAGUUCAAAAAGUGAAGAUGAGUUGGAUGAAUCAAAUCCUUUUUAUGAGCCUAAGCCAACUUCUCCAAAUAAUUUGGUCACUCCAGUUCAGGAGGGGGAAACGGAAAGGAGAGUGAAAAGGAAGGCCCCAGCUCCGCCAGUCCUCACUCCAAAGGCCGGGGCAAAUGAGAACACAGUCGUUUCUCCAGGGAGAGAUCUCUCUACUUCUCCUAAGCCAAGCCCAAUACCAAGUCCUGUUCUGGGGCAAAAGCCAAAUGCUAGUCAGUCCUUGCUUGCAUGGUGCAAAGAAGUUACAAAAAACUACCGGGGUGUGAAAAUCACUAACUUUACUACAUCGUGGAGAAAUGGUUUAUCUUUUUGUGCAAUCUUACACCACUUUAGACCAGACUUAAUUGACUACAAGUCUCUGAGCCCUCAAGAUAUUAAAGAAAACAACAAAAAGGCUUACGAUGGAUUUGCCAGCAUUGGAAUUUCCCGUUUACUGGAGCCUUCUGAUAUGGUUUUAUUAGCAAUCCCUGACAAACUGACUGUUAUGACUUAUCUCUAUCAAAUAAGGGCACAUUUUAGCGGUCAAGAGCUAAAUGUGGUUCAGAUAGAAGAAAACAGCAGUAAAAGUACAUAUAAAGUCGGAAAUUAUGAAACAGAUACAAACAGUUCUGUUGAUCAAGAAAAAUUCUAUGCCGAGCUGAGCGAUCUGAAACGGGAGCCUGAGCCGCAGCGGCCAUCCAGCGGGGCAGUGGACUUCCUGCCGCAGGACGACUCAGUGUUUGUAACUGAUAGUGGAGUGGGAGAGUCAGAAAGUGAACACCAGACUCCAGAUGACCACCUUAGUCCAAGCACAGCCUCCCCUUCCUGCCGCAGGACUAAAAGUGACACAGAGCCCCAAAAGUCCCAGCAGAGCUCGGGAAGGACUUCAGGGUCCGAUGACCCUGGGUUAAGUUCUAGUGCCGAUGCAGCCCAAGCACUGGUUUUGUUAGGCAAGAAGAGGCUACUGAAAGCUGAGAACUUAGAAUUAAGUGACUUUCAUGUCAGUGGUAAAAAGAAGGAUGUCUCUCCACCCUCAGUUUGUGAGCAAAAGCUUCAGACUGUAAACACCAGCAGUGACUGGGAACAAGAGAAAAUAGAAAAUUCCAGACCUUCAGAAUGCAGAUCGGAUGGCGAAUCAGCUAUCAAAAAGCCAAGUUUAUCCCCUCCUUCCAAACUUGGAUAUUCAUACAGUAGAGAUGCAGACUUCACGAAAAAUGUCUGUGCUUCUCUGCGGCAGGCAGAGUCUGAUCCAGAUUCAGACAGAAACACUUUAAACCAUGCUGAUCCCUCCACCAGAGCAGUGCAGCAACGAAUGUUGUCCAGACAAGAGGAGCUGAAGGAAAGAGCGAGAGUUCUGCUUGAGCAAGCAAGAAGAGACGCAGCUUUCAAGGCGGGGAGCAAGCAAACCGGCAGCACAGCCCCUCCGCUCUACAGCAGGCAGCAGCUAAGUGAUCAGCAAGAUGAAGAGAGACGUCGGCAGCUGAGAGAGAGAGCUCGUCAGCUAAUAGCAGAGGCUCGAUGCGGAGUGAAGAUGUCAGAACUUCCCAGCUAUGGUGAAAUGGCUGCAGAAAAGUUGAAAGAAAGGUCAAAGGCAUCUGGAGAUGAAAAUGAUAAUAUUGAGAUAGAUACUAACGAGGACAUUCCUGAAGGCUUUGUUGUAGGAGGUGGAGAUGAACUUACUAAUAUAGAAAGUGACCUUGAUACUCCCGAACAAAAUAGUAAGUUGGUGGACUUGAAGCUGAAGAAGCUCUUAGAAGCCCAGCCACAGGUGGUAAACUCGCUCUCCAGUGCUGCCCAGAAAGCUGUAACUGAUACCUCGGAGCAAGGAGUAAAGAAUGGCGGGGAAGAUCUUCGGACUGAGCGGUUACAAAAAGCACCAGAACGUUUCAGAAAUCCUGUUGUGUUCAACAAGGAUUCUACAGUCAGGAAAACUCAACUCCAGUCUUUCAGUCAGUAUGUUGAGAGUAGACCAGAGAUGAAAAGACAGAGAUCAAUCCAGGAAGAUACAAAGAGAGGAAAUGCGGAGAAGACAGCAAUAACUGAAACUCAGAGGAAGCCAUCAGAAGAUGAAGUACUUAAUAAAGGGUUCAAAGACACCAGUCAGUAUGUUGUAGGAGAAUUGGCAGCACUAGAGAAUGAGCAAAAGCAAAUUGACACCCGUGCCGCGCUGGUGGAGAAGCGCCUCCGCUAUCUCAUGGACACAGGAAGGAACACAGAAGAGGAGGAGGCCGUGAUGCAGGAAUGGUUCAUGCUAGUGAACAAGAAAAACGCCCUAAUAAGGAGAAUGAACCAGCUCUCCCUCCUGGAAAAAGAACAUGACUUAGAACGAAGGUAUGAGCUGCUGAACCGGGAACUGCGGGCGAUGCUAGCCAUUGAAGACUGGCAGAAGACCGAGGCCCAGAAGCGCCGAGAACAACUUCUGCUGGAUGAGCUAGUGGCCCUGGUGGACAAACGCGACGCCCUUGUCAGGGACCUGGACGCCCAGGAGAAGCAGGCAGAAGAAGAAGAUGAGCAUUUGGAGCGAACUCUGGAACAAAACAAAGGCAAGAUGGCCAAGAAGGAGGAGAAGUGUGCUCUUCAGUAGCCUGCGGACCGGAUCUAGGUCCCCGGGCCAGGGACAGACAGACUGGUUGAUUGAAAACUUUUUAACAUUUUGUUUGACUGGAUUGUACUUCUGGAUCACCACCCCCUUUUCCUCCUCUCCAGAUAAUAUGCCGAACUCCAGAUAGCUUUAAGGAUUCUUUGUGAGUUAAUCAUGAAAUCAUUUUUGCAACCAUGUGAAGUAGAUCUGCACAGACACCUUGUGAGUGAUCAGUGAUGGAGAUGCUCAAGAAGCUGUCCAAAGGGGAAAGGCCUCUCUCUUCACUCCCCUUCCGUGUGGGACGGACGACGAAAACCUGAAGCUGUUUGUUGUAGUACUGUUGGUAAUAGCAUAAGGACCGUGGGUGGGGGGCACAGGGAGUAAGAAAAUGUCAUGAAUGAUUUGUUUCCAGUCCUGCCCUAUGUAACACUGUUACCUGAAUCUCAUAGUUAGAUCGUAGUCUGUGUAUUGGUGAAACUGUGUUCCAUUGCCAGUGAGGCUUUCUGCAGUUGUGUGCGUUUCGCAUAAGGAUAAUAAAGUUCCUCCCUGCUCUCAGAGGAUGGCCCUUUAAGGUAGCCUGAGGUAAACCUUGUGGUUUGAAUGGUGCACUGUGAGAACAACGACUCUGAUAGAUGUGCAGCAGUUUACAAAGGCAGUUGUAUCAUCUGACGACGACGCGCCAUCUUUUAAUCUGAAUAAUUAUUUAUUACAUCUUGCUUGGUUCCUACUUUUUGUUGGGGCUCAACAUUGGCUCAAGAAUGCUGUUAAUAUUUAUUUCUGUAUUGAUAAAAGUCUGUCUUGGCACUACAAGUAAAUCUCCAAUUACAUCUCUAGCAUAGCACUGUGUUUUGUGAAAAUGGUUAUGUUUAUUUAUUAUAAUACUGAGUCAUAUAUAAAUUUUCAAUAAAAGCAGAAACUUUCUUACCUUAAA